AUGGCCACUAACAUCAAUGUCUCUGAUCGCGGCCCUGCCACUUACAAAGUGGUUGCCUCUGCCGAGCGGAAUGCCAAGCCCGUCACUACCGAUGAGCAUACUCAUCGAACCACCUCUCAUGAUGUCGUAGCUACAACCAACAAGCACCCCAAGACAUCUCACUGGCCCAUCGUCGACCUCAUGAACUCGCAGCCCUAUUCCUACCUCCACCGAGCUGGGUCGGGGCCGACAGCCACGAUCGACACCACCUGCUCCAAGUCCAGCUCACACGCAGAGGACAUCGACCUCUCCGCAGACCCUGGAGCAGGCAAACGUAUUGACCUAUAUCUGUCCAACAUGCCACAGGGCCUCGUCGCCAAGCCUGGCAACAACCAUAAAGACAUGGGUCCCAUGGAGAGGUUCGUCGCUGAGACACAUGGGUUAUACAAGAGGAAGUCAGCCACUAAAAAGCCACUUCUGUAG